CUGGCCAAGUUGAGGGGGAAGAACAGGGAACUGAUGCAUAAGAUCGGGGUCACCAAGUUCUUAGCACGGCUGUUGGACAACCACAAUGCGCAGAUUCAAUGUGAUGCUCUGGAGCUUCUGUGCUUGUUAGCUGAAGAUGAAGAAGGAAAGGAUAUAAUUGGAAAAACUAAAGCCAUUCCCAGGACAGUAAAGCUACUGUCAAGUAAUACUACUGGUGAAAGGCAUGCAGCCAUCUCUUUCUUGCUGGAGCUUUCAAAGUCACAGUUACUGUUGGAGAAUAUUGGCUCAACACCUGGAGGUAUUCUGAUCCUCACCACAAUGAAGAUCAACAAUACGGAUGAUCCAAUUGCUGCUGAGAAAGCUGGAGCUGUCCUUAAGAACCUGGAGAAGUGUCUGAAGAACAUCAGGUACAUGGCUGAAAGUGGCUACUUAGAACCUCUUCAGAGUUAUCUAGUGGAAGGCUCAGAAGAGAUGCAGAUGGAGAUGGUCAGUUUCCUCAGCGAGCUGGUCCAAGAGCAGGAGCUCACCAUUGACAUCAACAGAAGCACGUCGGAGAUCCUCAUCAAGAUGGCGCGCAGCUGCAACCCCAGGGUCCGCAAGGCAGCGUUCGAUGUCCUUGUCCAGCUUUCCUUGCACCACCCCAACAGCAAGAUGCUUGUUGACGCAGGAGCUGUCCCUGUCAUGAUUGAGGAACUGUUCAUCCGAAAGGUAGAUGGUGAGCCAGUGAACUCCAUGGCCAGUGCUGCCACUGUCCUUGCCAACAUUGUUGAGUCAGGAAUUGAUCCCGACACCACGGUGGUGAACAAGGAGGGCCACGUUCUCACAUCGAAGUACUCCAUCUACAACUUUGUGCACAUGCUCAAGUGCUUCAUGCCGGACGACCUCAACCUCAGCAUCAUCCGUGUCCUGCUAGCGCUCACUGCGCUCGCCAAGCCGCUGGCCACGGUGGUCUCGGUCAUCAGGGAGAACCACCGCGGCCAUGCCAUUGUCGAGCUCAUGAGCUCCCCGACGGAGGCGCUCAGCCUCGCUGCGACGAGGCUACUGAUCACACUGUCCCCACACAUUGGCCACACCAUUGUAGAGAGGCUCUGCAAGACACAAGGGCAGCCACGCAAGCUGGUCAAAAGCAUCAGUCACGCCGGCCGCAUCACUGAACGGCAAGCUGCAUUGGCGCUGCUCCUCGCGAGGCUGCCUUACCGGAACACCUCGCUUAACGUCGCACUUGUGCAGGAGGGCGCCGUGCCGACCAUACUGAGUGCAAUAAAAGAGAUGCAGAAUGGCGCUGCUAGAUCAAGUAAGCAUGCAGUGCCCUACAUGGAGGGUCUCGUGGGUGCACUUGUGCGACUUACCGCAACUCUGUACAGUCCUGAAGUGUUGAAGGUGGCCAUGGACCACAACCUGGCUUCGGUGCUCACUGAGCUGCUCAGCGGACCAGCUGGAAGCGACGAGGUACAACGCCUUGCUGGCGUGGGGCUCGAGAACCUGAGCUACCUAUCCAUCAAACUGUCCCAGCCGCCGCCGGAUGAGCUGCUGUCAAAGAAGAACUCCAUACUAAAGCUCCUGAAGGACUCGAAGGCGCACAGCAACAACAAGAAGAGCACACACCACCAGGUCAACGUUUGCCUGGUGCACCGGGGAGUCUGUUCACCGGCGACGACCUUCUGCCUCCUCGAGGCGGGCACCGUGGAGGGCCUCCUGGGCUGCCUCGAUAACGACAACGUCCGGGUGGUGGAGGCCGCGCUCGGGGCGCUGUGCACUCUCCUCGACGAGAGGGUGGACGUCGAGAAGAGCGUGGCUGCCCUCUCUGAGCUCGAUGCGGCGAGGCGCGUGCUCGGCGCGCUGAGGCAGCAUCGGCAGAACGUGCUGUGGCAGAAGUGCUUCUGCGUGGUGGAGAAGCUCCUGGAGCACGGCGACGACCGGUGCCUGAGGGAGGUGACCGGCGACCGGAUGCUGCCCACGGCGCUGGUGAGCGCCUUCCACAGAGGGGACCCGAGCACCAAGCAGGCCGCCGAGAGCAUCCUCCGGCGACUGCACAAGAUGCCCGAUUACUCUGCAACCUAUGUGUCCAUGGAGUUCUAGUGAUUUUAUCUUCGUUGAGAACAACUAAACAGUGUAAAAUUUGUGCAUAUGCUACUCGUUUGUUUGAACAAAACUACAGAAGUCCAUGACCACAAUAGAAUGUUGGCUUGCUAGUCUCUGUUUUUCGCCCA